AUGUCCUCCAAAGAAACGUCAUGCUCUCUUCCGCACUGGGAUCAUCCUCCAGACCCCAACAACCCUCGGAAGAGCUCCACGGACGCCGUUGUCCACCAUCUCUAUUUUGAAGACAACGACAGCUUCUUUCCUCCUACCUGGAUUGGAAAAGAUGAUGCCUCCCUGCGACGUUCCUCCAAGGAUAGUUCAACAAGCCAUGGAUCCAAAGAUGAACACGAUGCCACAACGAAGCCAGAGAAUCCGAGCUGA